AAAUUUACCAAUGUGGAAUAGAGGCCUAAGAGCCGAGGAGGUCUAACUGCUUUGCUCGUCAUGGCACAGACGGUAAAAUGGCGACGAACGACUCGAAGGCGCCGGUGCGCGUCGUGAAAAGAGUGCAGUUUGGUAUUCUUUCCCCAGAUGAAAUUCGCCGCAUGUCAGUUACCGAUGGGGGAAUCCGUUUCCCGGAAACGAUGGAGGGCGGCCGCCCGAAGCUUGGCGGUCUCAUGGACCCUAGACAAGGGGUGAUAGAUAGACAUUCUCGAUGUCAGACAUGUGCAGGCAACAUGACAGAAUGCCCUGGACAUUUUGGACACAUUGAUUUGGCCAAACCAGUAUUUCACGUUGGUUUCAUCACAAAGAGUAUCAAAAUAUUGAGAUGUGUUUGUUUCUACUGCUCAAAGCUUCUUGUCAGUCCACACAAUCCAAAGAUAAAAGAAAUUGUCAUGAAGACCAAAGGACAGCCCCGAAAGCGAUUAACAUUCGUAUAUGACCUCUGCAAAAGUAAGAAUAUCUGUGAAGGUGGAGAUGAAAUGGACAUAAACAAGGACGGGCAGGAACAGCAACAGGCGGAUAAAAAACCAGGACACGGAGGAUGUGGUAGGUAUCAGCCAAACCUGAGACGAUCAGGCCUGGAUGUGUCCGCGGAAUGGAAACACGUCAACGAAGAUUCACAAGAAAAAAAGAUUGUAUUGACGGCGGAACGCGCCUGGGAGAUACUGAAACACAUAACGGAUGAAGAGUCUUUCAUUCUUGGUAUGGACCCCAAGUUUGCUAGGCCCGAUUGGAUGAUCGUCACGGUACUUCCGGUUCCUCCACUCUCAGUCAGACCAGCAGUCGUUAUGUAUGGCUCGGCAAAGAAUCAAGAUGAUUUAACGCACAAGCUUGCUGAUAUUAUAAAAUCGAACAACGAGUUAUUGAGGAAUGAGCAGGCUGGUGCAGCUGCGCACGUUAUAUCAGAAAAUAUAAAAAUGCUGCAAUUCCAUGUGGCCACACUUGUAGACAACGACAUGCCUGGCAUGCCGAAGGCCAUGCAAAAAUCUGGCAAACCAUUAAAAGCUAUUAAGGCGAGACUAAAGGGGAAGGAAGGAAGAAUCAGAGGUAAUCUUAUGGGCAAACGUGUGGACUUUUCAGCUCGUACGGUCAUCACCCCAGAUCCAAACCUCCGGAUUGACCAAGUCGGUGUCCCCCGUAGCAUAGCUCAGAAUUUAACGUUUCCAGAAAUAGUGACACCUUUCAAUAUAGACAAAAUGCAGGAACUCGUGCGACGAGGUAACUCGCAGUAUCCCGGGGCAAAGUACAUUGUCCGAGAUAACGGGGAGAGAAUAGAUCUAAGGUUUCACCCGAAACCCUCAGACCUUCACCUCCAAUGUGGAUACAGAGUAGAAAGACACAUAAGGGACGGCGACCUCGUGAUUUUCAACCGACAACCGACCCUGCACAAAAUGAGUAUGAUGGGACACAGAGUCAAAGUUCUACCUUGGAGUACAUUCAGAAUGAAUCUUAGCUGCACUUCUCCGUACAACGCUGAUUUCGAUGGUGACGAAAUGAACCUGCAUGUACCUCAGUCGAUGGAGACCAGAGCUGAAGUUGAGAACAUUCACGUCACACCUCGACAGAUCAUUACACCUCAGGCAAACAAGCCUGUCAUGGGUAUUGUGCAGGAUACGUUGACUGCCGUUAGAAAAAUGACCAAGAGAGACGUAUUCAUAGAAAAGGAACAAAUGAUGAACAUUUUAAUGCACUUACCCAGCUGGGAUGGGAAAAUGCCCCAACCCUGCAUCCUAAAACCAAAACCAUUGUGGACCGGGAAGCAAAUAUUCUCCCUAAUCAUUCCUGGCAAUGUGAACAUGAUCAGAACCCACAGCACACAUCCAGACGAGGAGGACGACGGACCUUACAAGUGGAUAUCACCCGGAGAUACAAAAGUUAUGGUCGAACAUGGGGAACUGGUUAUGGGUAUUCUGUGUAAAAAGACAUUAGGUACCUCAGCCGGAUCUCUUCUUCAUAUUUGUAUGUUGGAAUUGGGACACGACGUGUGCGGUCGUUUUUACGGGAACAUUCAAACCGUGAUUAAUAACUGGCUGCUGCUAGAGGGUCACUCGAUUGGUAUUGGAGAUACGAUUGCCGAUCCUCAAACAUACUUGGAAAUUCAAAAGGCCAUCAAGAAAGCCAAGGAGGAUGUAAUAGAGGUGAUACACAAGGCGCACAACAUGGAACUGGAACCGACACCAGGUAACACGCUUAGACAAACCUUUGAGAAUCAGGUAAACAGAAUCCUAAACGAUGCUCGUGACAAAACUGGUGGUUCGGCGAAGAAAUCUCUUACGGAAUAUAACAAUUUGAAAGCUAUGGUCGUAUCUGGUUCAAAGGGAUCGAACAUCAACAUUUCUCAGGUCAUUGCGUGUGUCGGUCAGCAAAACGUUGAGGGUAAGAGAAUACCAUUCGGAUUCCGCAAACGCACCCUGCCACAUUUCAUCAAAGACGAUUACGGUCCUGAAUCAAGAGGGUUCGUUGAAAACUCAUACCUUGCCGGUCUCACACCAUCAGAGUUCUAUUUCCACGCUAUGGGAGGUAGAGAGGGUCUCAUUGAUACCGCCGUCAAAACUGCUGAAACUGGAUACAUUCAGCGACGUUUGAUCAAAGCUAUGGAGUCUGUUAUGGUUCACUAUGACGGAACAGUUAGGAAUUCUGUUGGACAGCUUAUUCAGCUGCGUUACGGAGAGGACGGACUUUGUGGUGAAACCGUAGAAUUCCAAAACUUGCCAACUAUCAAAUUGAGCAACAAGGCAUUUGAAAAGAAAUUCAAAUUCGAUCCAACUAACGAGAGAUACCUUCGUCGUAUAUUCACAGAAGACAUUGUCCGUGAAAUGAUGGGCUCCGGAGAUGUAAUUUCAGUACUUGAGCAAGAGUGGGAACAAUUGAACAAAGAUCGUAUUGCAUUGCGUGAAAUUUUUCCCAGUGGUGAGUCAAAAGUUGUGUUACCGUGCAACUUGCAGAGAAUGAUAUGGAACGGGCAAAAAAUAUUUCACAUCAACAAAAGGGCGCCAACCGACCUCAGCCCUAUCAGAGUUAUCCAAGGUGUCAAGGAUUUGUUGGAAAAGUGUAUUAUCGUGGCUGGUGACGACAGAUUGAGCAAACAGGCUAACGAAAAUGCUACCCUGUUGUUCCAAUGUUUGGUACGCUCGACCUUGUGCACCAAAUGUGUUUCUGAAGAAUUCAGAUUGUCCACUGAGGCUUUUGAGUGGCUGAUUGGUGAAAUUGAAACUCGAUUCCAGCAGGCACAGGUAUUCCCUGGAGAAAUGGUGGGGGCGUUGGCUGCCCAGUCUCUUGGUGAACCUGCAACACAGAUGACGCUGAACACUUUCCACUUUGCUGGAGUAUCGUCCAAGAACGUAACUUUGGGAGUGCCGAGGCUAAAGGAGAUAAUCAAUAUCAGUAAAAAACCAAAGGCUCCUUCGCUAACUGUUUUCUUAACCGGAGCGGCUGCCAGAGAUGCAGAGAAGGCCAAGAAUGUACUUUGUCGAUUGGAACAUACAACUUUGCGAAAAGUCACUGCAAAUACUGCAAUCUACUAUGAUCCUGAUCCCCAAAAUACAGUGAUCGCCGAAGAUCAAGAGUUUGUUAACGUUUAUUACGAGAUGCCAGAUUUUGAUCCGACUAAAAUCUCACCGUGGCUUUUGCGUAUCGAGUUGGACAGGAAGAGAAUGACAGAUAAGAAGUUGACUAUGGAACAGAUAGCUGAAAAAAUAAAUGCUGGGUUUGGAGAUGAUCUCAAUUGCAUAUUCAAUGACGACAAUGCUGAGAAAUUGGUAUUGCGAAUAAGAAUAAUGAACAGUGAUGACAACAAAUUUCAAGAUACCGAAGAAGAGACCGUCGACAAAAUGGAGGAUGAUAUGUUCUUACGAUGCAUUGAAGCCAAUAUGCUUAGCGAUAUGACAUUGCAGGGAAUAGAAGCGAUCGGCAAAGUCUACAUGCAUUUGCCACAGACAGAUUCAAAAAAGCGUAUUGUAGUCACCGAUACCGGGGAGUUCAAAGCUAUUGCUGAAUGGCUUUUGGAAACUGAUGGGACAAGCCUUAUGAAAGUUUUGAGUGAAAGGGACGUCGAUCCAGUACGUACAUUCAGUAACGACAUCUGUGAAAUAUUCCAAGUAUUGGGUAUUGAGGCUGUGCGUAAAUCAGUUGAAAAAGAAAUGAAUACUGUACUGCAAUUCUAUGGUCUUUACGUGAACUAUCGACAUCUUGCGCUGCUUUGUGAUGUCAUGACUGCCAAAGGUCAUCUCAUGGCUAUCACUCGUCACGGUAUAAACAGACAGGACACCGGAGCACUCAUGAGAUGUUCCUUUGAAGAAACGGUCGAUGUUUUGCUUGAUGCCGCAUCUCAUGCUGAAGUCGAUCCGAUGAGAGGUGUGUCCGAAAAUAUUAUCAUGGGACAACUACCGCGUCUUGGCACUGGCUGUUUCGACCUCCUCCUCGAUGCAGAGAAGUGUAAGGCUGGUAUAGAAAUACCAAUGGCAGUGGGAGCUGGAAUGAUGGGUGGGGCUGGUAUGUUCUUUGGAAGUGCUGCUACACCUAGCAUGAGUCCUCAAAUGACACCUUGGAACCAAAUGGGUGCAACUCCUGGUUACGGAGCCUCCAGCAUGUCUCCUGCCUUGGGAAGUGGCAUGACACCUGGAGGAGCCUGCUUUUCUCCAUCGGGAGCAUCAGAUGCGUCAGGUUUAUCCCCAGCCUACUCUGUCUAUUCACCACAACCUGGGAGUCCGGGCAGUCCGGGGCCCAGCAUGAGUCCCUACCCGAUGUCUCCGGCAGGUGGAGCCUCACCAAGUUACUCUCCAACGUCACCGGCAUACUUACCAACGUCACCCAGUAUGACACCUUCCAGUCCAAAUUACUCACCAACUAGUCCAACGUACUCGCCAACUAGUCCGAAUUACUCACCGACCAGUCCUAGCUACUCGCCGACAAGCCCAAGCUACUCGCCAACGAGUCCAAGUUAUUCGCCCACUAGUCCGAGCUACUCACCAACUUCCCCAAGUUAUUCACCGACUAGCCCGAGCUAUUCACCCACGAGUCCGAGCUACUCGCCCACGAGUCCGAGCUACUCACCGACUAGCCCGAGCUACUCGCCCACGAGUCCGAGCUACUCGCCCACGAGUCCGAGCUACUCACCGACUAGUCCAAGCUACUCACCUACGAGUCCAAGUUAUUCACCAACGAGCCCGAGCUACUCGCCCACCAGUCCAAGCUACUCGCCAACAAGUCCAAGCUACUCACCCAGCUCUCCAAAUUAUACACCUGCUUCGCCGUCGUAUUCCCCCACUAGCCCCUCUUACUCGCCUAGUUCACCUCAGUAUUCACCCGCCAGUCCAAGCUACUCUCCUAGCAGUCCUAAAUACUCCCCAACCAGUCCCAGCUACUCCCCUACCUCCCCGUCGUUCGCCGGUACAUCGCCGCAGUACACGCCGGCUAGCCCCACUUACUCGCCGACUAGCCCAACCUACUCGCCUACGAGCCCCAGCUACUCACCAAGCUCUCCGCAACGCACAGCUUCUGCAAGCACGGGGUACUCGCCCAGCAGUCCCAACUACUCGCCGACCAGUCCAACUUACUCUCCGUCGAGCUCACAGUAUUCGCCGACUAGUCCCACCUACACACCAACCAGCCCAAGCUACUCUCCUACAAGUCCUACAUAUUCGCCGCCAGCACGUGGCUACUCUCCGACCAGUCCUACUUAUUCGCCUGCGUCGCCUGCCUAUGAAACUGACGAUUAAAAAGGUGGUAAUUAAGAUACUGAAAUCGAUUUUGUACAGAAUAAUUGAUUCAUUGAAAAUGUUUGUUAGUGGGCAGAAAUGAAACCGACGUGACUUCUAUUUGUUUGGCCCGUGUCGCAUUAAUAUUUCGUGCAUUGUUGACCUGAGGGUAAUUGAUUUCAUGAAUCUUAUUUGUUCGUUUUUUGAAGUGAAGUUAAUUCGAGUAAGUUGGCUUUGCUGACAGAAAUUUCAUGACUUCUAUACAAUAUGUUUUACCAACGAUGCGUUUUAAAUGGAUUUUUGGUGAAAAAAUGUAAGCAUAAACAUUCCAAAAUAGAAAAAAUGACCCAUCGAUUCAGACCCAGACGAAGUUUCCUCAUUUACGUUACAGCCUAGGGCCAAAGGGUUAGAGAGUGUUUACAAAUAUUCUACAAUGUAUAUCAUACCAAACAUUUUUGAUCAUCAGCUAAACUAGGGUAAAAUGUGUAUAAGGUGUGCUGACAGGCCGAUAUGGUAACGUCGUACCGCACUUAUACCUAUAAUUAGAUUGUUAUACGAUAUAAUAAACAUGUAAGUUAUACUAUUAUUCUUAGAUCUCUCAAUGAAAUAUUGUUAAUAAUAAAAAACGAAAAAAAAAAAAUCAAAUUAAAUAAGUUGAAUAGAAAUACGGAAAAGCGUGCGAUGUACACGCAUGAAUGUAUAAUUUCGCGUGCAUAAAUUAUUACGAUUCACGAUUAAAGCGCGAAAGUAUACAGUGAUGUAUGUAUUUUAGCCUUCCAGUUGUACACAAGUAGAAUAUUUGUAUACGAACAUGUUCGUGGAUAAUGGAUAAGAAUUUCUUUACACUCACGGUGUUAAUUGUUGACCAAGCAUAAGUUUUAGCUUCUUUUAUAUCUGUAAAUCACGAUAAGUUCAUCGCCAUUUAUUUAAAUUACUCAUAGCAGUUAUAUACGGAACCAACGCAAUUGUGCGUUUAAACCUGAAUAUAUGUACGAAUGCAUUUUUAUAAAAAAAAAAACAUACGUGCUGUUAUUUUCUUUUGUUUUUUUAUACUUAUACAUGUACAUACAUGAAGACAUUACUU